GGGGGUCCACAUUCCCUCUGUCUCUGUGUGUGUGUGUGUGUGUGUGUGUCUCCCCUUCGGAGUCCCUUAGCAGAUUGCUUAGCCUCGAUCAAUCGAACCUACCACCCAAGUUCAAUCGGAAAAUUCAUCACCCCCGCUGUCCGCUUCGCCCUGCUGUUCCUGAUCGAUCGAACCGUUCAUCACCCCAUUCCGCCUUCAUUUGAGACUUCCGGGUCUAUUUUCCUUGGGAAUUCGACGUGGUCUGAGCGUUCGUAUGUGCUAAACCCUAAUCGGAGAUAACAGGUGCGGAUUACAGUGAUAAAAAGUGAUGGGACUGGGGAGGAGAGCGCGAAACCCUGUGCAGACAGCAGCAUGGUGGGUGAAGAAGCAGCCUCCGAAAGUGAAAGCCGCCUUAGGGGUGUUGACUGGCAUUUUGACGCUCAUUUUCUUGCGAUUUGUCAUUCGCGAUCAUGACAACCUGUUCGUGGCUGCUGAAUUUAUUCAUGCUGUCGGCAUCGGAUGUCUUAUCUACAAGCUUAUGAAGGAGAGGACUUGCUCUGGCCUGUCACUCAAGUCCCAGGAGCUCACUGCCAUAUUUCUGAUGGUGCGGCUCUAUUGUAGUCUGGUGAUGGAAUUUGACAUUCAUACUGUUCUGGACUUCCUCACAUUCCUCACAACUGCGUGGGUGAUUUUUAUGAUGCGUUUUAAGUUAAAGGCUACCAUCUCAGAUGACCUCGACAAUCUUCCCAUAUACUAUGUGCUGGCUCCAUGUGCAGUACUGGCUCUUUUGAUUCAUCCAGGCACUUCUCACCAUAUUGUAAACCGUGUAUUGUGGGCUUUCUGUGUAUAUUUGGAAGCUGUAUCUGUCAUGCCUCAGCUUCGCGUAAUGCAGAAUACCAGGGUAGUUGAGCCCUUCACAGCCCAUUAUGUUUUUGCUCUAGGAAUUGCACGAUUUCUAAGUUGUGCUCACUGGAUUCUUCAGGUGCUAGACGGACACAGCUUCCUGCUUAGUGCACUGGGCUUCGGCUUAUGGCCUGGUAUGGUUCUUCUCUCUGAGAUUGUACAGACAACGAUCUUGGCUGACUUUUGUUACUACUACGUGAAAAGUGUAAUGGACGGACAGAUGAUGGUGCGGCUUCCUUCCGGUGUAGUGUAGUGCCUGCUGUGGUAAGGCUACUUAAUGUAUUAGUGAAAUUGAAGUACUAGGGCACGAAAGGAUGCUUUAGCUUUUUUAUACAUGAGCUUCUCAUUGCAGUUCAAGUCCUCUUCAACUGUGAUGGUUUUAGGGCCCAUACAAGCUUGUAGGGUUCCAGCUCUGACUGACCCGAGAAGGUUGUACAUUAUUAUGAAGAUGCUCAUCUUAAUGCAAUGGCUCUUUCAGUUGGCUGAAAAGCACUUGUCAAUGGUA